UCCCACUACACUUGUUCAUACUACAAACCUCACUCUCACUCUCACUCUCACUAAGGUAAAGCAUGAAUAUUUCACUCUCCAAGCAAACGCCGAUGGUGAUCAACCUCAUUCCGCGCCACCGGCGAAAGGAGAAGGAGAAGGCGGUGGUGGUGGUGGGGGCCACCGGGACCGGAAAGUCCCGGCUCUCCAUCGACCUGGCGACCCGGUUCGACGCCGAGGUCAUAAACUCCGAUAAAAUGCAAGUCUACACGGGGCUCGACGUCGUCACCAACAAGGUCACCGAGGACGAACGCCGCGGCGUGCCGCACCACCUCCUCGGAUUCGCGGACCCCGCAGCGGACUUCGGGGCCCGCGAAUUCGUCCGCCACGCCUCCGCGGCGGCCGACGACAUCACCGCGAGGGGGCGGAUGCCCAUCAUCGCCGGGGGAUCCAACUCCUUCGUCAAAGCGCUCGUCGUCGACGACCAUUACUUCCGGUCGAGGUACGACUACUGCUUCCUGUGGGUCGACGUGGCGGCGCACGUGCUCGGCCCGCGGGUGUCGGGUCGGGUCGACCGGAUGGUGGGCUCGGGCCUGGUGGAGGAGGCGCGGGGAUUCUUCAGCCCCGCUGGAGACUACAGCCGCGGGGCCCGGCGCGCCAUCGGCGUGCCGGAGCUCGACGGGUACUUCAGGAGCGAGGGUGGCGGCGGCGGCGGCGGCUACAGGGAGAGGCUGCUCGAGAAGGGAAUUGAUCAGAUAAAAUUUAAUACCCGGGCUCUGGCGGGCCGCCAGCGGCAGAACAUUAUGCGGCUGGCGGAGCACCUCGAGCGGCGGAUGCACCGCCUCGACGGGGAGAGGCCCGUGGAGGGGCUGAGCGCCAGGAUCGUCGCGCAGUUCCUGCGCGAGGAUCACGUGGACUUUGUGUCAGCGAUUGCGGCUGGGCCAAACCGGCCAGCCGCCGGUCAACUUAUAACUUCCGCCGUCGGCCGCUAGUGGGACCCUCCCAUCCCGAAAAAGGAAAAAAGAAAUACUAAUACUCUAUCGGUCCCAUUUAAGAUGGUCACACUCUCUCAGCUGAUUCAAAUAUUUCCAUCUAUGAAUAAGAGUCUCAUUUUUUUUCCGGUACAAAUUAAAAGAAAUGUUAAGAAAAAGGAGAAAAAAAAGUUGAGAAUGAAUGAAUUAGUGUAAUGUAGGACAGUAUAAAUGAAUCGGAAUUUCUAUUCGCGAAACCGAAGGAGUAUUUAAUAGCUCCACUUAAAAUCUAGCACUAUCAUUCAAAAAAUUGGCCUAUCUUAAAUUGAACAAGUAUGAUAGUAAUUCUAGUACUUAGAAUUAUUUUUUUCCGAGAUCUACGUGGCACUGGUUGUGGGCCCGCUGGGGUGGAAUCUAGCUAGGCUGAAAUUUCGUAAUCUAGGUUGCUGUCUCUAUCUGCAGUUUGAGCAGUUCGAUCUUGGUCGGCCGUACAGUUGGGAAAUCUUGGGGAAAAGAGGAAGUGACUAUUUUUCUAAAAUUUUAUUUUUAAUUUCGGUUUAUUUGGUUCUCUUUAAUUAUUAUGUUUGGUGUAUAUUUGUGUAUUCUAGUAAAGAGCUGUAUUAUUCGCGGAUAUGACAACUCGAUCGGAUAUAUUUUAUAAAUAUAUGUAUGACUUGAAAUCUUGAA